UCAUUCUUGAUUCACUAACACUAAUAUAAACCGCUAUAUUUUUUUUCUAAAAAUUUAUGUCAGUCUUUCCAAGUGUAAUUGUGUUUCAAUACCUAGUAAUUGUUUGUCGGUGUUAAGAAAAAAAUGAUAAAAUCCACUUGGCAACCACUAUUAUACUGGAUUCUCAAUUAGAAACAGACCUCUAAGAUUUGAUGCUAAUAAUUAUUUUUCACCUCAAUCAUAAUCAUAUGUAUGCAACUGAUCUCAUUCUUGAUGAUUUAAUCGUUUGAUUUAUUUUUCAUUAAUCGUUUUAUGUGAUUGAUCCAUGACCUGAUUCACUGAUCAAGGAAUGAUGGCCUUCAAAUCAUUUCCAUCAUUCUUGAUUUUCACGAUCAUCCCUAUCAGCAAUCUUGUGUUCGAAUUUGUAAUGACUCAAAAUAUUGAUACGAAAUUUCCUAUUGUAUUUGAACGUCCACAAUCUAGAACAUCAUCAUCUUCAUCAUUAUUUGGCCAUUCCGUUUUGAUGCAUAGUUCUGAUCAAUAUGGUCGCAUGGUUAUUAUUGGAGCACCGAAUGCAACAGUAAAUCAAUGGAAUAAUUACAAUAAUACCGGUAUUAUAUACCAUUGUGAUUGGUCAAACACAACUACCAGUUGUGUCAUGAUUGAUCUUGUCAAUCAGAUGAGUUUUUAUGAAGACAAUUUAUUUACCAAUAAAAUGCAUCUUGGCUGGAAUCUAGUAUCACGUUCUAAAACAAAUGAAUUCCUGACUUGUGCAUUUUCAUGGACAUAUAGAACUUUGGCUCGCAAUCGUCAGAAUCGAUUGGAAACAUGGAUGGUGCCGAAUGGUGCUUGUUUUUUAAUUCCUGAUUAUUUCAAAGAUGAUGAUUAUCCUAGAAGAACACCAAAAUUGAUAUUGCCAAUGGACAAAAAUAGACCAUUCAAAGAAUCCGGUGACUAUCUUUAUGCUUAUGCUAUGGCUGGAUUUUCUGCUACCAUUUCGGCUAACCAAGACCGCAUCUAUCUGGGUGUACCCGGAUUCGAUGAUUGGCGUGGAGCUUUUGCCAAAAUUAAUCUGAAUAAUUUUCCUGAUGCAAUGAAAAUUGAUAGCAAUCAAGUUGAACUCGAUUUAUUGGAACCAUAUGAAAGAGAUUCUUAUCUUGGUUAUUCCAUAACAUCCGGUAAUUAUUUCCGCGGUAAUCAAGAAAUAGUUGCUCUGGGUAUUCCAAGAAAAAAUUUAACAGGUUCAGUUGUUUUAUUCACUAACCUUCCGAAUCUACGCAAAGUUAUUCUCAAUGGCCAUCAACUUUGUGAAUAUUUCGGACAUUCAUUACUGACUAUCGAUGCGAAUCAAGAUGGCUUUGAUGACUUACUGGUUGCUGCUCCAAUGUAUUCAUCAUGGCAAAAUAAUCUUUAUGAUGAGGGACGUGUAUUUUUCUAUCAAAGUAACCGUGUUCAGGGAUUCAAAGAGCCUAAAAUUUUAUCUGGUGAUCCUAAACCAAUGGCACGAUUCGGUACUGCAAUGGCCAAUCUUGGAGAUAUCAAUAUGGACGGAUUUCCUGACAUAGUUAUCGGUGCACCUUAUGAAGAUGAUUAUCAAGGAUCUGUUUACAUUUAUCGUGGUUCCCCACAAGGAAUACUUGAAAAAUAUUUCCAGAAAAUUUCAUCUGCCAAACAUUUAUCGUCUUUAAACCUGAAUGGAUUUGGUUAUAGUUUUUCUUCGAAUGUUGAUAUCGAUGAUAAUGAAUACAAUGAUCUACUUGUAGGAUCGUAUUUAUCGGAAAAAGCCAUCCUGCUUCGUACACGACCAAUAAUUUCGAUUCAAGCAUCGAUACAAUUGAAUAAUGAUUAUGUUGAUUUGCAACAACCAUGUGAAUAUGUUGAAGAAACUGAUCAAAUUCCAAAAUAUGGGGCCUCGUGUGUUAGAAUUAAAUUCUGUUUCGACAUCACAUCAAAGUUCGAAGUGCAUUCGACUGAUUCCGUUCUAAAAUGUUCGUUACGAUUGGAUCCAAUUUUUAAUCGUGCAUUCAUUCUCCUAUCAAUAGCAGAUCAAUCAGAAUAUAUUUAAAAUAGAAUCGAACAAAGUUUUACUUUAAUACCCCCACAAACAAAGUAUUGCUCCGAUUAUUACAUUGUCUAUUUUAAAUCAUUUGAUAAAAUUGAUAAUCUUUUUGAUUCGGUCGUUUUUCAACUAAAUUAUUCCCUUGAAUCCGCUGUUAACAAACACUCUCCAUUAAAUGAACAGAUUUUUCAUGUACCGGUUUUGGAAAAUGAAAAAAUUUCCAAUAUUUCGACGGAACUUUACUUCAAAAUGUGCAAUAAAACUGCUCGCGAUUGUGUGUCCAAUUUUAGAUUAGAACCAUCAUUCAUUUUUGAUGACAAUGUAACGAGAAAUUUCGCCAAUAAUUCUCAACAACAAUUUUUAGAAGGCGAAUAUCAAUACAUCAGAUUGUUUACAAAAGUAAUUAACAUUGGUGAGCCAGCAUUCCAUACUCAAUUAAUUAUCCAAACCAAUGCAAACAUAUCUUUAAAAAAAAUGGAUAAAAAAUGUAGCGAAGCAAAAUCAUUUACAUCGAUUACCGCUACGAAUCGAACAUAUUUAUGUCAAUUAGAGAGCCCAUUGAUCCAAGAUGAUUCUGUCUUUAUAACAUUCAAAUCAUUCGAAGCUAAAGAUAUAGAACAAGUUUGGUUCAAACUGAACAUCAAUGCAUCUAACCAGAAACAUCCUGCAAGCACUCUAGAUUAUCACAUAUCUUUUCGAAUAAUCAAAAAAGCCGAUUUUGAUAUACAAAUUUUGAGUCCUGAUUUCAACAAAACAUAUCUAAAAUAUGCAAAUUUUGAUAAAAACACCAUUCUUUUGACUUCAUCGCUAAGUCUUGAGCGACUGGGACCUAGCAAUAUCGAAUCAAUUGAAAUGGAUUUCAUUUAUACGGAAAGUUAUAAUGAAAACAAAUUAAUUUACGAUUUAGACAUUGAUAAGACGACAGCCAUUUCCAUUCAGUUGGAAUGUGAUCAACCUGUUAUAAUCAGUACAAAUGGUUCAAAUAAACCUGUGUUUAAUCAUACCACUAAAUUAAUGCAUUGGAAUUGUGUUAACAAUCGAAUCAUUUGUAACAUGAUUCGUUGUCGCUUAGGUUCGUGGUCGAGAACGUUGUCGAAAAUUUAUGUCACAAUGACUGGUCGUAUGGAUAUCGGAAAAAUCAACGAAAAAUUUGAACAUUUUCCCUUGUCGUACAUAACUAUCGAUAUUGAUUUAAAGGCCAAAAUCAAUGAUAAAUAUAUUAAAAUUGAGAGUGACGAUAUGAAUGAAUCGAAAACAAGACAGAUACGUUUCAAUCUCGAACGAAUCGUACCGAAAUCUACUGAAAAAUAUUUUCUUUGGAUUCUAUCGGCCAUUAUGAUCGGUUUCAUUUUAUUAACGUUAAUUUUGGUUUUUCUUGUCACGUGUGGAUUUUUUCGCAGAAAACGAGCUCCGACCGAAACUGCUCGACGGAUUGAUUCAAGAAAAAUGAAUGAAUGAAUGAAUAAUUAAUCAAUCAUUGGUCAUUUUAUCAUUAUUUUCAA